AUGGAGCCUCCAUGUGGCCUUGAUGAGCAAGGAGGCGUGCUGUGGCAGGUGUUCGGCCCUAAGCGGCGCUGGAUCCUUCCCUCCGAUCACAGCUGGCAGUCGGUCCAGGAUUCCUCCGAGUUCCGUCAGCUGGACCCGACCCACUCUCGCCCGGCACGCCAACCUGCCUUCUCGUCCUCUGUGCUCCGAACGCCCGUAGAGCCCGUCCGAUUCCCCAUCGCCUCCUGUGAACCAGACGUUCCUUCGCUCCCAGCCGUCUCCCGAGCCCCUGCGUUUUCUGAUCUCGAAUCCACCGCCUGCCCCUCCGGCGCCGGCUUCUCCAGCACCGGCUCCCGAGACCGCACAAGGCCCCCCUCCUCGCGACGUUUCCCUCCCCAGCCCGGAGAGGUUCUCCGGUGGGCUGAAGCCCGCUUUCCAAAUUGCCAGCAGUACGGCCAGACUUUUGCGACUUUUGUGCAGGAGUUUAAGACCGUUUUUGCGGCCAAUAUUGAGCCGGCGGAGCUGUCCCGUCGCCUGUGGGCCGUUAAACAACGCGGGCGUCCAGUCUCGGACUUUGCUUUAGAGUUCCGCACCCUCGCCGCCGCAGCGGGCUGGGAGUCGCGCGCUCUCAAGGCUGCCUUCUUCCAAGCGUUAGACGAAUCUCUUAAAGACGAGCUGGCACGCUCCGCUGUGUCUGCUGGGCCCAUCCCAGAGGAUCCUCUUAAUGAGGACCCAGUAGACCUCAGUUUAGUUCCCAAAUUAUAUUGGGAUCUAAAGGCGGUGUUUAGCAAAAGCAAAGCAAAGUCGCUCCCACCCCAUCGACCAUAUGAUUGCGCAAUCGAUCUGCUGCCCGGUGCUCCUUUACCCUCCAGCCGCUUAUAUAACAUCUCUCGGGCUGAAAGACAGGCGCUUGAAGAUUACAUUAAUGAGUCACUGGCCACCGGAAUCAUCCGUCCCUCCUCCUCCCCUUUGGGUGCUGGGUUCUUUUUCGUGGGGAAGAAGGAUGGGUCUCUCCGCCCAUGUAUUGAUUACCGCGGCUUAAACCAAAUUACGGUCAAAAAUAAAUAUCCGCUCCCUCUCAUUUCUUCAGCCCUCGAGCCGGUCCAUGACGCAACCGUUUUCUCUAAGUUAGAUCUGCGUAAUGCGUAUCACCUCGUGAGAAUUCGCCAAGGGGAUGAAUGGAAAACAGCUUUUAAGACUCCCAUGGGCCAUUUUGAAUAUUUAGUAAUGCCUUUUGGUCUCUGUAACGCACCCUCAGUCUUUCAGGCCCUUGUCAACGACGUCCUCAGGGACUUUCUAAAUGUCUUCAUCUUUGUAUAUUUAGACGACAUCUUAAUCUACUCAAAGACCCUCGCAGAACACCAAGUUCAUGUACGCCUUGUCCUCCAGCGCCUAUUGGAGAAUAAACUGUUUGUUAAACCCGAGAAGUGCGAAUUCCACCGACCCUCUGUAACAUUCCUAGGCCUCAUUCUCGAGAGUGGGCGGGUCCGCUCGGACCCGGAGAAGAUCAAGGCCGUCCUUAACUGGCCUGUGCCUGACUCCCGAAAGCAGCUACAACGGUUCCUUGGAUUUGCCAACUUUUACCGACGGUUCGUCAGGAACUACAGCAUGAUCGCUGCUCCCCUGCACGCUUUAACCUCAACCAAGACCGUCUUCGCCUGGAACCCCAAAGCCGACUCCGCCUUCCUGGAACUGAAACAACGUUUCUCCCAAGCUCCCAUCCUAGUGCACCCAGACCCAUCCAAACAGUUUACUCUAGAGAUCGACGCCUCAGACUCCGGGGUAGGAGCUGUCCUCUCUCAACGCUCUUCAGACCAAAAACUACAUCCUUGCGCCUAUUUUUCCCGACGUUUAACUCCUGCUGAACGCAAUUAUGAUGUUGGUGACAGGGAGCUGCUGGCUAUAAAAUUAGCCUUAGAAGAAUGGAGGCAUUGGUUGGAGGGAACCGAGCAACCUGUCCAGAUCUGGACCGACCAUAAAAACCUGGCCUAUCUACAAGCAGCAAAACGCCUGAACUCGAGACAAGCCCGUUGGUCCCUGUUCUUCUCGCGGUUUAACCUCUCAAUUUCCUAUCGCCCCGGUUCUAAGAACAUUAAACCUGACGCCCUGUCUCGCAUGUUUUCUCCCGAGGAGUUACCCAAGGAACCUGCACCCAUCCUCCCUCCUUCCUGCACAGUCGGUUCCCUCCAUUGGGAAAUAGAAGACCUGAUCUCCCAAGCUGCACAGGCCGAACCUGACCCUGGAAAUGGACCCCCUGGCAAGACCUAUGUUCCCAGCUCCGUUCGUCCCCAAGUUCUCCAUUGGUUCCACUCUACUAAGCUUUUUGCUCACCCCGGCUCGAGAAGAACCUCCACCUUGAUCACCCGGCAUUUCUGGUGGCCGUCCCUGUACAAGGAUGUUCGUGAGUACACCCUCGCCUGUCCCACUUGCGCCCAAAAUAAAUCCUCGAACCGCCCCCCUGCUGGCCUUCUCCAGCCACUUCCCCUUCCCCAGCGCCCCUGGUCACACAUCGCCUUAGACUUCGUCACCGGUCUUCCCUCCUCCCGAGGUAUGACCACCAUCCUGACGAUUGUAGAUCGUUUUUCUAAGGCUUGCCACCUGGUUCCCCUGCGGAAGCUCCCUUCAGCCUUUCAGACCGCUCAGCUUCUGGUUCGACAUGUGUUUCGUCUCCAUGGCAUCCCCAAAGAGAUCCUUUCAGACCGCGGCCCCCAGUUCACCUCCCGUGUCUGGAAGGAGUUCUCCACCGCUCUCGGCGCCAAGUGCGCUCUCUCCUCUGGUUAUCACCCGCAGUCUAACGGGCAAACUGAGCGCCUGAAUCAGGAACUUGAGUCCUCCCUGCGCUGUCUCACUUCUACCAAUCCCACAGAUUGGAGCACCUUCCUCCCUUGGGUUGAAUACGCCCACAACUCUCUCGUCUCCACCUCCACAAACCACUCCCCCUUUGAAGCCUCGCUGGGAUACCAGCCCCCACUGUUCCCCGCAGACGAGAAACAGAUCACAGUCACGUCUGUAGCCCACCACAUUCGACGAUGCCAGCAGGUUUGGGACCAGACCAUUCACUCCCUCCGACGCUCCACUGAACAGAUUCGCCGAUUUGCUGACCGGCGACGUGUACCAGCCCCCCAUUACCGUCCCGGUCAGCGGGUCUGGCUUUCCUCCAAGGACCUACCUCACAGAUCCACCUCCCGAAAACUGGCCCCCCGCUUCACUGGUCCCUAUGUCAUCGACUCAAUCGUUAGCCCCUCUGCCGUCCGCCUUCGUCUGUCCCCACGUUCCCGUAUUCACCCGACCUUCCACGUCUCCCAGCUCAAGCCAGUCCACUCCAGUCCCUUGUGCCCCCUCACCGAACCCCCUCCUCCCCCGCCAGAUCGUGUCGGACGCCAGGUUCGACGGAUCGUGGACUCCCGUCGUCGAGGUCGUGGCUGGCAGUACCUCGUCCACUGGGAGGGCUGCGGUCCCGAGGACCGGUCCUGGGUGUCUGGAUCUUCCAUCUCCGAUCCUUCCCUCAUCUCCAACUUCUGGUCCUCUCGUCCCUCCUCCUCCUCUAGGCCGCCGGGUGGCGACCGUUGAGGGGGGGGUGGUGUCAGGGUUCUGCGGGCAUGCCCGAUUAGGGUGCUAUCCUUUUCCCCUCACAGGUGGCCUUGAUGAGCAAGGAGGCGUGCUGUGGCAGGUGUUCGGCCCUAAGCGGCGCUGGGUUGGACUAUUUAAGCGGAUGGCUGCCAGCACAACACUGCCAGAGUGUUAACCUAGUGUUACCUCAAGCCCUGGAUCCCGUCCUAAACGCUUUCGAAGCUCAAGCACCCGUCGCCUGAUCGCUCCAGAUCCUUCCCUCCGAUCACAGCUGGCAGUCGGUCCAGGAUUCCUCCGAGUUCCGUCAGCUGGACCCGACCCACUCUCGCCCGGCACGCCAACCUGCCUUCUCGUCCUCUGUGCUCCGAACGCCCGUAGAGCCCGUAGACCACUCCCCUUGGCUAAGUCUCAGCUGAUCUUGGUAAGAGCGCACCGGUGGAUUCGCUUCACGAACCCAUUGUCCGGAUCUAACCGUUUCCUCUCGUUUCAAAGGUCCGAUUCCCCAUCGCCUCCUGUGAACCAGACGUUCCUUCGCUCCCAGCCGUCUCCCGAGCCCCUGCGUUUUCUGAUCUCGGCGGAUUAAUUGUUUGCCCUAAAGAAUAAACUGUUGGAACUCUGA